AGUUAUAAACGCUUACAUUACAUUUAUCGUCUUUAAUGUACAAUCCGCAUUGGCUGCGGAAAAAGUAACCCGACUGUUGCGUGUGUUAAUAAACAAUAAACUUCAAAUCCCAUCAUGCCAUGGGAGAUCACGACGACGACGUGAUACUUGAACAUACAAAGCAGCAGGUAAACAAGACUGAACGUGAUGCAUAGUAACAGCGGUUUCAACGCUUUUCGCUUGUCGUACGAUUUUGGAGAUGGGCAUAACCAAGAUACAAAGUUUUGCCAUACGCCUACACGAUCACAAAUGGGACAUUUUGGGGCACCGCUGAGAGCUUCACUUCAUAGUGUUUAUUAGGAUGGGACCUGUCAUGCAGGAACGAACUGCGACACUAAAGAGGCUGCCAGGCAAGGAGAAGGUUAGAAUGAAAAAUGCCGAAAACACGGGGAUUGUUGCCAGCAAUAAUAAGCUGGGAGGAAACGUGAACCAGAAUAAAAAACCUGCCAUGAAAAUAGUGACCUCUCAUCCAGAUAAGGAUACCUUUCCCAAAGCUGCCAUUGUCCAGAAUGGAAUCAAACCAAAGAAAGCUAAAAGUCCAACUGCUGGGACGUGCAAGUUGCGUGGUACACAGGUAGAGGUUCAACUAAGGCCUCCACGUCCCAAACUCUCAUGUACAGAGCGUAGACCGGAGCGGCAGAAGAUUCAGCUUGAGUCUCAAUGCUGUAGUGAGAUAACACAGAGCCAUGCGUCCUUGGAGAAGAGCAGGCGUGCUCUAUCACUGCCCUUGGCUCCACAUCCAAUGCUGCAUCCCAUCUCCCUGCAAAAACAUGUCCCAGACCUGGAUGCGCUCCGUCUCAUGGGACACAAGGAGGAUGACACAGACAGCGCCAGCGACCUGUCUGACUCCGAAAGACUCCCUGUCCUGCCCUCUCCUUGCACUCCUCCCCAGCUCAACCUCAGAGCAGAGGUGAUCAACACCUUGGACCUCCAUCCCAACAUACCCGGACCCGGAAUGUUGGAGAACCACGAUGAUGAUGGCUACGGCUACCCAGACUUCCUGCCACCUCCGUUCAAUACGUGGAGCCUGAGGCAGCUGGCCAUCUUCCUCAACACGGAGGGCAAACGUGCCCCCAGACCUAAACCUGUCGGGCAACUGGAGAAGUAUUUGGAGCGCCUUCUGCAGCUGGAAUGGCACCAGAUACAAACCAUUCAGACCGAGAGCGGGCGUCACACCACACCCCUCACCCAAACAAGACGUCAAGCUCCCAGGCCUCACACCGCACCCCCGACACGCCUUAGCUCCCCCAAAAGCCUUCGUCAGGGCCAACGGGCCUUCCCUCUGACCCCCGUCUCCACUGCGGGCAGCCCAUCAUCCACCCAAAUUUCUCGCCCUGUCUGCCCUCACUGCCAUAUCCGCUACCCGCUCUGCAACGGCAGCUGCUCUGUCUACGUCUACCAGCGACACUCCCGUCUCAGUCCCCUGCUUGAGCGCAAAACCAUGCCGGUCAACACCCAAAAGAGAAGCAGCAGCGAAAGCAGGGCAUCUGCCUCUGAAAAUCACACAACAUCCAAAAGUCAGCAUCCGAUCAGUCCUCAGGCAACAAAAGUUCACCAGAGGCACAUGCAGGCUGCCGGAAAUGCGCGCAGAGCCUCUCAAGAACUUAUCCCAAGCAAAUCCUACCCUUCUAGCAGAAAAGGGAAGACCGGAAUGUUAAAUGAGGUAGAAAGGCAGAAAGAUCAACCCAUUGGAGUGAAAUGUGGGGGUACUAACAGGCGAGUUGUUGCUGCUGUUAAACAUGAGGGUGGUGGUCCAGUGAAAAGAGCGGAUAGAGUCGAAACAGGGGAGCUGCGACUAAGAUCAGGCCCUAAAAGAACUGGGGCUGACAGCAGUAAUGCUAAAGCUGCAUCUGCCAAAAACGCAGGCAAAAUAAAAAAUGCUUAGAACACAAAGUAGUCAGUGCUUUAUUACUUUUAGGCUUAUUUUGUAGGGAUGCACCGAACACAAUUUCUGUGCUGAAACUAAUAAUCGAUUACUUAGAAUAAUAGAUACUGAUUAUAGGCUGAUAUAUCGAUGCAUCCUUAUUAUUUGGUUCCACAUGUACACUUGCUUUAGAAACUUUACAAUAUCACAUACUGUAAAGAAAAGAUAAUACUCCCACAAUUACAGGUGUAAGUCAAUGAAAAUCAUGCUUUUUUAUUGUCAAUGUUUACCAAGUGCAUUUCUUCAAGAAGAUAUAUUUAUUUUGUCUGCCUAAGCACUUGCAAGCAGGUUAACUUGCGCACAAAUCCUCUUUAAAUUUGAGGUAUACCUAAAUGUCUGCAUGUACAUAUCUCUGAUUUAAUGGAGGUAUGGUUAAGAAUGUCAGUUUAAGGUGUUUUGACUAGUAAGCAUUAUUGGUCAAAGAAUGUAUAUUUUUAAGAUAAAUAUUGAUUGCUUUGUAAUGGCUAUGUGUAUUUUUCUAAUGUGCUAUUUGUUAUUUAUAUAAUAAUUUAUUAUGUAUUUAUCACAAUGUCCUUUGUUUACUUUAAUCAUGUUUAAGUAAAAAUAUAAUUAUUUCUAGCUUUUGAACAUAUUGCUUAUGUUUGCAAUGAGUUGGAUGUGGUGGAAUUGUGAUGUUAGGAUUGCUUAUGGUCAUUUAUGUUGGUAGUUCUGUGGUGAAGUUUGUGUUGGGGUUGGACCAGAGCUACUGUAUAAACUUAAGAUAUUAUGGUCAAGGUUGUCCAUAUUCAUAUGCUUAUUUUUCAUGUUAUUAUAUUGACCAUUGUGUCUUUAAAUAUAGCUUGAUUUGAUUUUAGGAAUAAUAAUGAUAGUGUGUUUGUAGUUUUAUACAUACUGUAUAUGUCCAGUAUGGGGUUUGUAUUAUUCCCUCAUCAGGCAAAAAGAAAAACAAAGUCAAAUUUUGCUCUUUGGUCUUUGUCAGAUUGUGCUUUUAUUUUGGUAUAAGUUUAAUGCAGCUAUUUUUAUGAGAUACAAAUAAACAGUUUCCAUUACAUCAUCA